AUGACGCAGAGCUCGCCCCAGUCCUUCCACGAGGACAAGAUGGACAACCACGACAUUGAAUCGGGAUACGUCUCCGGCCAGGACGGCGAGGUCCCGGUCAAGCCGGCCGCGUCGUCGCCCCUCAUCUCGCUCAGCAAGUCCCAUAUCGAGUACCUCAACGACCAGAUGGAGACGAUGCACCCCAUGGACAUCCUCCGCUUCUGCAAGAUCAUGUUCCCCAACCUGUACCAGUCGACCGCGUUCGGCCUGACCGGCCUCGCCACCAUGGACAUGCUGUCCAAGAUCCAGGCCGAGAGCCCGAGCUCGCCCACCGUCGACCUCAUCUUCCUCGACACGCUAUACCACUUUGACGAGACGUACGAGCUGGUCGACCGGGUGCGUGUGCGGUACCCCAACGUGCCCGUGCACGUCUUCAAGCCCGACGGCGCCGAGACGGCCGCCGAGCUCGAGGCCACCUACGGCGAGCGCUUCUACCACGCCGCCGGCGACAUGUACGACUACAUCGUCAAGGUCGAGCCGCUGCAGCGCGCGUACGACACGCUCGGCGUCGCCGCGGUGCUGAGCGGCCGCCGCCGCUCGCAGGGCGCGGCCCGCGGCGCCAUCCCCAUCAUCGAGCUCGACGACGAGCGCGGCGUCGUCAAGAUCAACCCGCUGGCCGCGUGGAGCUUCGCCGAGGUCAGCCAGUACAUCAAGGACAACGACGUGCCGUACAACGCCCUGCUCGACCGCGGGUACAAGUCGGUCGGCGACUGGCACUCGACCGUCCCUGUGGGGGAGGGCGAGGACGAGCGCGCCGGCCGCUGGAAGGGCCAGGCCAAGACCGAGUGCGGCAUCCACAACAAGAAGUCGCGCUACGCCCAGUUCCUCAAGGACAUGGAGGGCAGCCAGCAGAUUUCCGUCUAG